AUUUGUGAUCGAGAGAAGCAAGCGGGAAAAACAAAUCGAAAGUUUUGAAGAAAAAAAACGCUCUUUCUCUGUCCUCUCUUUGCUGCCAUAGUUCUCUACUCGUUCUCUCUGUAUACAACACAAGCUACGAACUUAUCAGCACCCUAUUUUGCGUUUCCCGGGGAAUUUCAAAACCCUAAUUUUCGUUUUCGGAGUUUUCUAACUCCUCGCCGGAAAACUGAAACCCUAGGAUUUUUCCCCUUUUGGUUCUUGGCGUCGAAAUUUGCGACAUUUACAUGAUUUGCGUAGCGAUUUCGUUCACUGAAGAUGACUAAGGGUACCUCGGAACCGGGGGGUAGUGGAAGCGGUGGCUUCCACGCGGUUCACGCGGAGCGUGACCUAGAAUCGAAUUGGGAAGUUAACCUCGCCAAGAAACUUGAGGAGUAUUUGCUGAAAAUCUGUUCCGGCGAGAUCACUGGCGAAGAAGAAGGACAUAGUCCCGUGAAUUUUGCCGAAGCUGCUCUGCUGCUUCAGGGUUCCAUGCAGGUGUAUAGUCGGAAGGUGGAAUAUCUCUACACCUUGGUCUUGCGUGCUUUGGAGUUUCUUUCUCAGAAAAGAAAUCAGGAUCAUAUAGAUGGGGCAUCAGUCCAACCUGAAGAAAGUGGUCCCCGUGCAGUUACCGAUGAAGAAAAUGAUCAAUUCUGGGGCUUGGAUGACAUCCCAGUUGAAGAAAAGAAUUCCUUGGAUGCUACAACAGGCAAAGUGAAUUUAGAUCACUUUAUUAAACCUCCUGCAAAUCUAGUUGUUCUUGAAGGUGACUGCUUGGAUGCUGGUGGUGAUGGAGGGGAAUUGGAGUCUUUUCUGUUGUCCACCACAGACCUGUACCAGGACUUUAUUUUAUUGGACACAUCUGAUGCUAUUGCAGUUCAUGAGUUUUUGAAGAGCAGCAAAGCUGCCACAACUCAAAAUGAUGCUAAUAGAGGAACCUCAGCUCGUAAAAGCUUUCUUUCUCCAGGACAUACUGGUGGAAGUGCUCGUAGAUUAUCAGCUGCUAAGAGUCAGGGUGCUAAUAACUGCUCCCCUAAACUUAAUUGUGGCUUUAAUGAUGAAAAUGUCCGGUCCAGUUCUCCUGCUUCUGCUGGUCUUGAUGACUUCAAUUAUGGAUUUGAUAUGGAUCAUGGAUGUGAUGCAUCUAGGGAUUCAGACAAUUCAGACGAAGAUAAUGAUGAUCCAUGGAAACCUUUAAAUCCUCAUGAACCAGGCAACUUAAGGGUGAAGCCAUUCAGAAAAGUGAACACUUUAAAAAAGAAUAGCAUCAAUGUCAGACUACCAGUUUCUAUGAACACCUUGUUUCCGCUUGCAAAAUUGCGUGGUCCUAUCAGUCCAGAGCUCAUGGAAAUGUGGGAGAUGCGGCAUCUUGUCCAUGAACGACAAAGGGAUUCUCAAGCUCCAUUAUAUGAGAAGCUGAGGCAAUCUCUUGUUAAUGAGGGGAAUGAAACUGGUGGAACAUUUUUUAACUCUGAAGCUGAGAAUGAUGACAAUGAAUAUGAUGGUGGAAAUCCUGAUUUUGAUAUGCCGGACAAUGCUUACAUGGAAGAAGAUCUACCAUCUUUCAGUAAUGAGCAUGAAUUUGAUGAUGCUCAUGUCAACCCUGAUGAAGCUGUGGAUCUUUCUCAGACUAGUUUGGAAGAUCUUUGCCGCUCUCACCUGAAUGCUCUCUUAGCAAGCAUUGCUGAAACUGAGAAGCAAACUGAAAUGGCUACAAGGGUUUCAGCGUGGAAACAAAAAAUUGAGGACAACCUGGAAGAACAGGACUUGCAUCCACCAUUUGAUAUCCAAGACUAUGGUGAGAGGAUUCUUGACAAGUUCUCCCUGCUUUCCCUUGAAGCAAGCAGUAGUGGUGUCCUAUCCUUUUCUGAUUUAGUGAAGGGUCAAAACAAGUAUGAUGUGGCUCGAAGUUUUUCUUCCCUUCUUCAACUGGUAAACAAUGGAGAUGUAGCUCUAGAGAGAAAUGGAGUUGAUGGGUCUGUCUGCUACUCAUCCGUUAAUCCCUUUCAUGUUAAGCUCCUUAAGCAAAACAGUAAGGAACGGGAGGGUGUGCAGCUUCGUUUGCCAAAAAAGAGAGCAAAGUCUCCAACAAAAAAUCCCUCCACACAAGGUGACAAGAACAAAACUGUAAGAAAAAAGUCUCCCUCGUCUUCUAGACAUGGAUCAACCGGGGUGUCACCACCAACAAAUUGUAAGUUUUCUGUAAAGCUUGGAAAGGUGAGUGGCAUGAAGUCCCCCGAAGCCAAAAGAAGGCGUAGAUCUCAGUAUGUUGAACCAGUUAAUUUACAUUCAACAGGGUGACAGUGACAAUAGCUGCUUAUAUAGCUGCUUAUAGCACUCUGCCCCCUGAAUGGUUCGAGACAUUUGCUAAAUGUCUUAGGCUUAGUUAAGUUAUGAAUUCAUUACAGUUCUAGUUAUCACUAAAUACUAACAUCCAUCAGUUUACCCUGUAUCAAUAUUGCUGUUGACGACAUUAACAUAUUGAUGUAAUGAUAUCCCCAUGUAACACCAUGAAUUUUUAUCAAUGUAAUAAUAACUCUUUGUCCAUGCCCAAUAUGUUAAUGUCAGUCAGCUUUACUUGUCAAUCCCUAUAAAAUGUCAUCAGGUUGAAACUAAAAGUAAAAUCAUGUGAUUGCUAGCUAA